AUGUUCCGGCUGCCACUGACUCUCGCUUCGUUCUAUCUGCCUCUAACGCAGUCGGCACUGCAGGGUCCGCAGACAGAGCUCCAGGAUCUCAGGUAUCUGAUCAUUGAUGAGAAAUCGAUGAUCAGUCUUGACGUGCUAUACUGGGUCGAUCAGCGGUGCCGCCAGAUCGUCGUCCAUGAGCGAGAGUUGCCGUUUGGGGGGCUCAACGUUGUCCUUGCAGGUGACUUUUACCAUCUUACUUCGGUAGCGGCCAAGCCGUUGUUCUUCACUGGGACAUCGUGGAGGCCUGAGCUGAUGCAAGCCCGCGAGCUCUACCUUCAGGUCAAUCAGACGGUCGAGCUGGAUGAGGUUGUCCGCCAGCAAGGGGACCGGAGAAGGCAUUCCGUAGCAAGCGCUGGGUAA